CUUAUUAGGUCCCUUUUCAUCUUCAGAUAGGAGUUAGUGCCCACCCUCCUUCCAGCACCAUCUCCCAAUACACUUCCCUGCCAUGAAUGUUCUAGGGACUUCUCCCUCCAAGUGGUGCUGGAAAGGCAGAACUAGGCUUUGAUUCUGCUGAACUGGCACUAUGUGUGAGUUUACAAAUCCCCUUUAUUGUCUCUGCUGACUUUGGCAGGGUAGGGAGAGAAACAGCUCCAGAGGUAACACAUUUAAUCCUCACUUUCCCGAGUACUGACAUGCAGACAGAAGCCAUCAAAUGGCACCUGGAACAGUGAGUUAGGGAGGCCUGGGAUAAGAGGUGGGGGUUGGGUGGACAGUGGGAGUCAAAUGCUAGAGUUCUGCUCAAUCUUGCCUUUCUUGAAUUUUUCUGUUUGAUAGUUUCAGAACAACUCAUUUUGUAUUCUUGACUUAAUCUCCUCUAUGCUAUUUUUCUCAAACUUCAGGUUAGGAAAGUUGUGGAAGAAAAGGUAUGCCUUUAUGGGGAAGGGGUACAGGUCCUGGGAUACUACUCCCUAAUUAAAGACGUCCUACUGUGAUGGGUCACCAUCACACCAUUCUACACAGACCCGAACAGCACAUUCCUGAAACUGAGGGAGGUUUCUGAGUUGAUUAGAUGAGUUAGGAAGUAUGCACAUUCCAUGGGGUCAGAGUAGUGGGGGAGAGUUAGGAGAGGAAACUUUAAAAGACCCACGAUUCUGGUAGGAUAAGACCUUCACUCUUCUUACUUAGCUAUCACAAUUGCAGGAGCCAGGUAAGUACAGGGGUUCAGGGCAGGAAUGGGGUGGUUGAGUGGGAAGAGUAGGCAGAUAAGUAAUGUAUUAAGAUUCUUUCUCUAAGGAGGAAAUGGAAGAUUUGGAAUUGGGAUGCUUGAAUUUUUUGUAUCUUCCUCUGUGGGAGUGGACAUUUCAGGGAGGUAAAAAAGGGAAGACAAUGCCUUCAGUUGAUCCAUUCUCUUCCUACAGUGGUAACAACUGCUGCUGACCCUCCCCCUCCACUGGAUACAUACCCCUUUUCUUAUAUCUAUUUUAAUUAAGGGAAAGUGCAAAGGUUUGUUUUUUUUUUUUUUUUUUAAUCAUUUCAGGAUGGGACAUAGAGAUAGCACAAUAAAUAAAGUACCAGCCCUGGAGUCAGGAGGACCCGAGUUCAAAAUCCAUCCUCAAAUACUUAACACUUCCCAGUUGUGUGAUCCUGGGCAAGUCACUUAACUGCAAUUGCCUCACAAAAAAGAUUAAAACAAAUCAGGAUUUUUUGCUAUCUAUCAUGCUUUCUCUGAACCUCAAGUAGUAACCUUGGGUUGGGAGGGUAAUUUUGGAAGUUCCCUCCAUAUUUCUUUACUGUUACCUCUUUUCUUUGUGGGGGUCAUUGUCAAGGGAGGAAUGUAAUCUGUGCUGAACUACACCCUUCCCUACCUCCAUUUAAAAUGUUAGCAUGGUUGCUAUGCAUGGCUGCUAAGUCUCUGCUGGAUGAGUUUGGUGUGGGCUGUGUUGUUACUAACAUUGCCAUGGUAAAAUUGAGAAUCACUUGUAAUGAUAUUGGGGGAAGGGACCAUGAGAGCAUUAGAACAACCUUUCCUAUUCUCAUUAUCUUAGCCAAAAGAACCAGUGACAGGUGGCCAUCCUAGGCAGCGGCAAGGGAAGUGUGGGGUGAGGUCCUGCAGAUGGAAACAGCCAUCUUUUUGUUUAGCCUUUCUUUUCGCUUAGUUGCGGGAGGGUUGGUGCAGAACUGGGAGUAAUUUCCAUCUACCCGUUUUUCCUAAAAGUGCAAGAACUCGCCCCGUUCUUCAGGGCUUGCCAGAGCUGUGUGUGGGCAUGAUACAGAGUGAUUCUCUCUGCCUUCUGGCUUAGAAGGGGAAGAGGCAGCCAUUAUGAUCCCUGCCUCCACGGGGAACACCUAGAACUAAGGUGAAAGACUGUGUGGUCGCCACGGCAGAACCCUAGAGUCCUUGAUGGUGAGGGGAAGUUAAGGAGUCGAGGCGGGGCAGGACUUUAGAGCUUGGGAACAGCAGCUCUCAGCUCUUGAGCUGAGCACGAAGCAACCGCCUCCUCCCUCUGCCGCUGAGAAGCGGGUUACUCAUCUGCACCCGCAUCACGGCUAAAAAUAGCCCCCUAGAGCCUUAGGGCCGCCCCCUCCCUUUCCCCUGCCCCCAAACCCAUGGGUGGAGAUCGAAGACCUUGAAUUCCGAGGGACAUUUUCUUAUCGUAGAUGGAGAAACAGGCUAGAGUCGAGGAAAAGCCAGGGAUGAAACUCAAGUAUCUGGCCAUCCAACUAACUAGAAUAAUGGGUCAAUAAAGCAGCAACGUUGGGUAGGGGGAGAAAUGCUGAAGGCUGAGGAGGAGGAGAAGACCUUGGAUAGCGAGUUGAAAAUCCUCCACUUUCCAGCUGAUCCUGAUUGGGUUUGGGGGCAAGGAAUUGAAAGUAGGGAGUGUCCGGGUCGGCAACCGAGAACUGCCGCGUGCUGUGUGGGAGAAGUAGCAACACAGAACAACUGCCCGUGUCACAUGCACGCACACAUACAUACACACACAGAGACAUACACGUGGGUUCGGGUAUAUAUAAUCCCCAGUCCUUGUGUACGCUGCUCUGCAGCCGGUACAGGCUUCCUAAGCUAGGAGGGGGCUCUUGGGGUGGGUGGGUGGGGGGUUGGGGUUGGGGUGGAACAGGAUGGUGGAUGGGCCGCUAUUCUCCAAGGGGGCAGGCAGCCCUAGAAAACCCCAUGAUGGAGAGUCUGCCAGCUGCUUGUGGGUACAGAAGUCCAAGCUGUUAGUGAUUGAAGUGAAGACCAUCUCCUGUCAUUACAGUCGCUGGGCCCCUGCUCACCAGCCCAUGGACCCUACCGGGGGUCCUUGGGUCCAGGAACCUUCAAGCCACAGGUAUGGGCUGGACAAGAAGCCCCCAGAGCGGCUGCUUCGCCGAGCAUGGGUGCCCCGAGUGUUGCAAGAAGCCACCAACUGGGGGACAGGGCAUCCACCCGAGAUCCGACCAAGGGAGCAAGAGAAAAGGAAGGCGGCCUCUCAGGAGCGUGAGGCAAAAGAAACAGAGAGAAAGAGGCGCAAGGGUGGUGGGGUUCGAAGUUGGAGCCCUCCAGGUCUUUACCGUUCAGAACCCCGGAGUCCAUUGGGCCGAGCACGGGGCGGAGGGGGGUCCCGCCAAGAACCUGGCAAUGUCCCUAAGACCGCCCAGCCUAAGGUUCGUCAGUUUCCUUGGUUGCCUGGGCACCUUGGGCCGGCCGGCCGCCCGCCCCGUCCAGCAGCACAGUCGCUGAGAGUGCCUGGGACCGCAGCUCGAGCGGGGCUCCGGGUAGGGCGGCCGUCCGGGCCUCCCAGUUAUGAAGCCCACCUGCUCUUGAGAGGCGCCGCGGGGCCGAUCCCUAGGAAGCGCUGGGACCGGCCUCCACCCUACGUGGCUCCGCCUUCUUAUGAUGGCCCUCAUCGGACCUUGGGGGCCAAACGGCCCCCGCAGCUUCCGGGGCUGCCCGCCCCGCUAGCUCCGGCUCCUACUCUAGAAGGCAAAGAGAGAGAGGAGCGCCCCAAGAAGAGGCUGGAUCCGCGAAUCUACCGCGACGUUCUAGGGGCUUGGGGGAUUCGGCAGGGUCGGGGCGCCCUGGGUGGGUUUCCAGCUUGUGGAGGGCUGGGGCUUGGAGGGAAGACUUCAGACAAGGUCUCUGGGGUCUUUCUCGGGGGUCUCAAUAGCAACUGCAGCGAGAGCUGUUCACAGCCUGGGGCUAACCAGAUCGCUAGAGCAGCAACAUUAACCUCUGGCACCUCCCAAACGACAGCCAGGACCCAGGUCCCUCUCAGAGACGUCUCUGAAGGAGAACGAGCAGGAGAACAGAGCUGGUCCCGCGAGACCGGGGGUCCUUCCCCCGGAGACCAGGUAGCCCAGCAUAGUCAAACCCUUCCUAGACCCUGGGCCCCCGGAAGUCCGAGAGAGAAAGAGUCCCCGGGAGAGGGGGAUGGGUACCAGAGGUCUCCCAAGUUACCAACCGACUGGAAGGAGACCCAUCGAGCUCAUACCGUACCCCGCAGCCCCCACAGUUCUGCUGGGGAAAACGGAGUGUUUGUCAUUGACGCCACGUGCGUUGUCAUUCGGGCUCAGUUCGUCCCGACCCCUCAAAUCCAACACGUGCAGCUUUUGUCUUCCCCGGGGCCACGGAAUGGGGGGAACUCCCUGGCUUUUCAGAAGCCCGGAAAAGAGGAGGGAGAGGAGGAGCAAGCCUUCACUUCCCCGUGUCAAAAACUGCUGCAGAAUAGCCGGCUCUUUGAUCAGCUCAGCAAGGGCUUCUCAGAUGCAUGGGGUGAGGGUGUUGAAGCCGGGAUACCGGAGGACCCCUCACUGAAAGAGCGCGCCUCCCGUAUCCUGGGGCUGCCAAUCAGGGAGUUAGACCUGGGGGUGUCCCCCAAUAAAUGUAAUUCGGACCCCGGUGGGCCCAACGAAACGGCUGCGAGGUGCGCGGAUGUCGCUCGGGACUCAGAGCCGGCGCCCAGAGUCCUGCGACCCGCUGGCCGGGGCUGGGCGCGGGACCCAGGGCCUUACGCCGGGGCCCUGAGGGAGGCUGUAUCCCGCAUCCGCCGCCAUACAGCCCCGGACUCAGACUCGGAUGAAGCUCCGGAGUGCGGCGCCCGGAGCUGUUCCUCGGAAGGGAGCGACACAGAAGCCUCGGGUACCUCCAGGCAGCCUGAGCAAAGCCUGCCCGGGACCUCAGGAGACCAGGGAGAAGCCGGGCGCAGGGCCGGAGAGCUGAGAGACUGUAUCCGGGAAAUCCUGGAUGUAAUCUGCCAGACUGAGGAGGCGUUAUUCCGGGCCGAGGGCUCAGCUCAGGGAAAACAGGGAGGGGGGCACCCCCAGCCAUAGGUUCCCGGACCAUGGACCUGGUCCUAGCUCAUUGUACUUUGCACUCUUGCAGAUUUCUCUGGCCUCUUCUCACUUUAUUUUAUAACCUUACCCUUACAUGUACCCCGAACUGGAGGUCCUUACGGUGGAACCAGAGGAACAAACAGCCAUUUGAGUUUUUAUGCUUUCAUUUUAAUAUGAGAAGUCGGGGAAGUGAAAUCAUCUUAUGUCUGGAUCAAUUCCGUAUCAAUCUCAAUUAAAGGGCUUAGUAAACAAAGCCCAGUAGUUGUUUUGUUGUUUUUAAA